AUGCACGGUCAGCUACCAUGUUCACCUGCUGUCUGGACAGCUGCGUCCCCUGGCUGGGCCUGGGCCCCCCACCACUGCGAGGCCCCUGGCAAGGCCAUGUGUGACUUCUUGUGUGACUGCCAGAACUGUGCCGACGAAGACCAGUGUGGCUACCAUGGAGCAGCCCCAGGCGGCCCAUUCGUCUGUGACUUUGAGCAGGACGCAUGCGGCUGGCGUGACAUCAGCACAUCAGGCUACAGAUGGCUGAGGGACCGGGCUGGGGCUGCACUGGACAGCCCAGGGCCACACACAGACCACACUCGGGGCACCGACCUAGGCUGGUAUAUAGCUGUGGGCACACACCGUGGGAAGGAAGAGGCCACAGCAGUCCUACGCUCCCCAGUUCUGCAUGAGGCCUCACCUGCCUGUGAGCUGAGGCUCUGGUACCACGUGGGCUUUGGAGAUGCUGCAGAACUCCGGCUAGAGCUGACCCAUAGUUCUGAGACCCUGACUCUGUGGCAGAGGGUAGGCCCCGGGGGCCCUGGCUGGCAGGAGCUGGUGGUUGCCACAGGCCGCAUACAGGGCAGCUUCUGGGUCACCUUGUCUGCCACCCGCAAUGCCACACACAGGGGCACCGUGGCCGUGGAUGAUGUGGCCUUCCGGGACUGUGGGCUGCUGGCCCCCCAGGCACACUGUCCUCUGGGCCAUCACCGCUGUGGGAAUGGGGCCUGUGUGGAGCCACUGCUGCUGUGUGACGGGGAGGCCGACUGUGGGGACAGCUCAGAUGAGGCACCUGCUGUCUGCAGCAAACACACCACCACAGACUUUGAGAUGGGCCUGGGGCUAUGGAACCGCUCUGAGGGCUGGUCCCGGAACCACAGUGCAGGAGGGCCCCAGCACCCCUUAUGGCCGCACCGUGACCACAGCCGGAACAGUGCCAAGGGCUCCUUCUUGGUCACCCAGGCCUCGCCCAGUGCCCCAGCUCUGCUCUCCAGCCCCCAGUUUCAAGCCUUGGAGUUCCACAACUGCUCGCUCACCUUCUACCUCUUCCUACAUGGCUCUGAGAUCGGCUCCCUGCAGCUCCUUCUGCAGCCUGAAACCCCCAACAACACUGGGGCCCCACUCCUGCUGCGCAGGCGUCGUGGGGACCUGGGGGCCGCCUGGGUUCGAGACCGGGUGGAUAUUCGGAGCCCAUACCCCUUCCGAAUCCUCCUGUCUGGGCACACGGGUCCAGAGGGUGUCGUGGGCCUGGAUGACCUCAUCCUGUCAGAGCACUGCAAGCCUGUCCCAGACAGACCCCACUUGUCUCCUUGGCCCCGGGGCCCUGAGGCCCCUGAGCCUGUCCCUGAGGCCAGCUGUGAGCUGGGACACUUGUCAUGUGGGGACCUUUGUGUACCACCGGAGCAGCUGUGUGACUUCCAGCCACAGUGCGCAGAGGCUGAGGACGAGCAGGGCUGUGGCUCCAUUGGCCCAGACGACCCCUCAGCCGGCGGCUGGGAAGAUGCCAGUGUGGGGCGGCUACAGUGGUGGACCACGCAGGCAAGCAGGGCAGCUGGGUCCACUUCAGCAUGGGCCUGUGUGCUCAAGAUGCCCUCUUCUCUUCCAGGGUUCACCUUAGUCAUCCAGAGGGCCUGGGGACAGCUGGCAGCCAGGGCCCGAGCCCUCACACCACUCCUGGGACCCUCGGGCCCCAGCUGUGAGCUGUAUCUGACCUAUCACUUUCAGAGUCACCCCCAAGGUUUCCUGGCACUGGUUGUGGUGGAAGGCGGCAGCCGUGAGCUGGUGUGGCAGGCCCCGGGAAGCAGCCAGGCCUGGGAAGUGGCUGUAGUUCCACUUGGGGCCCGCAGCCAGCGCUUCAGGUUGGAGCUACUCAGCCUGCUCAACCUGGAUGGGCCCAGCCAGCAGGGUGCGGAGGUGACAAAGGUGGCCCUGAGGAACUGCAGCCCGACAACAGCCAGCACCAAGGAUACAGAGCUCUCCUGUAACUUUGAGCGGGACAUGUGCGGCUGGCACCCCGGGCACUUCACAGAUGCCCACUGGCAGUGGCUCCAGAGCCGGGGCCCCGAGUACGACCACACUACGGGCCAAGGCUACCUGAUGCUCCUUGAUCCAAGCAACCCACUGGCUCGGGGCCCUGGUGCCCACCUGCUCACGCAGCCCCAGGUUCCCGCAUCUUCUCUCCAGUGUCUGUCUUUCUGGUACCGCAUGUCCGGACCCCAGAUAGGCACGCUGCGCCUGGCUAUAAGAUGGGAAGGCAAGGCCCAGACCACCACGCUGUGGUCCCGUUCAGGCACCCAGGGCAACCGCUGGCAUCGGGCCUGGGCCACCCUCCCUCACCAGCCCAACUUGGAUGCUAAGUACCAGCUCCUGUUUGAGGGUCUCCGGAAUGGCUUCCAUGGCACCAUGGCACUGGACGAUGUGGCUGUGCGCCCCGGCCGUUGCUGGGCUCCCCAGCACUGCUCCUUUGAAGACUCCGAGUGCGGCUUCACUGGGGACUGGACCUUCUGGAAGCGCCAGAAUGCCACAGGCCAGGCCAUCAGGGGCCCCCGCGUGGACCACACCACCCAGACAGCCCAGGGGUAUUACAUGGUGGUGGACACUAGCCCAGAGACUCUGCCCAGUGGCCAUGUAGCCUCUCUGACCUCAGAGGAGUACGGCCCACUGGCCCGGCCUGCAUGCCUCACCUUCUGGUACCACCUGAGCCCCUGGAACCCAGGCGUGCUGCAGGUGCGUGUGGAUGAGGCCCAGCAUGGAGGGGUACUGAACAUCCGAGAACAUGGAGGCCUGGCCUGGCGCCUGGGCAGCGUGGAUGUGGGGGCCCAGCAAGCAUGGAGGGUGGUGUUUCAGGCGGCAGCAGUAGGUGUGGAGCACUCUUAUGUGGCCCUGGAUGACCUGAGUCUCCAGGAUGGGCCCUGCCCUCAGCCAGGUUCCUGUGACUUUGAGGCCGGCCUGUGCGGCUGGAGCCACAUGCCAUGGCCGGACUCUGGAGGGUACAGCUGGGACUGGAGCAGUGGGAACACGCCGUCCCAUGACCUGCAGCCCCCUGUGGACCACACCCUGGGCACAGGGGCAGGCCACUUUGUACUCUUCCAAACGGGCGUGCUGGGCCCUGGGGGCCUGACUGCUGGGCUGCGAAGUCAGCCCCUGCCUGCAACCCCAGCCUCCUGUCUCCGUUUCUGGUACCACAUGGCCUUCCCUGAGCAUUUCUACAAGGGCCGGCUGCAGGUGCUUCUGCUCAGUGCCCAGGGCUCACUGACCCUGUGGAGCACAGGCGGGCACCAUCGGCACCAGUGGCUGCAGGGCUCGGUGGAUUUGGCCAGUACUGAAGAGUUUCAGAUCGUGUUUGAAGCCACUAUAAGUGGCCAACCGGCUUUGGGGCCCAUUGCACUGGAUGACAUCGAGUAUGUGCCCGGACAGCACUGCCAACUGCCUGCCCCCAGCCAGGGGGACAGGGCCACACCUAUAUUGGUCCCAGUUGUGGUUGGCGGUGCCCUUAUCCUGCUCCUGGCACUUCUGGGGGUUGUGAGCUGGCGCUGGCUACAGCGGAGAGGUGGCAGCCUGCCUGGGGGCAACAUGGCAGCCACAGCCCCUGGCUUUGACAACGUCCUCUUCAAUGAGGACCAUGUCUCCCUCCCAGGAGCACUCAGCACAGGCCAGUCCCACAACACGUAGGAGCAGACUCACCUUCUAGCCACCCUCACCCCUACAGUCGUCACAAUAAACACUCUGCCCCA